GACGACCUUUUCCUUACAUCUAUAGCCCAGCAAACACUGCAGCUAGAUAUUAAAGCUCAAGCUCUACUAUACUGUACAUGUACUAAGCUAACCAUGGCAGUGAGGAUAGCACGCUCUCUGGUCUCCACAGGUUGUGUUGUAGCAAGGUCUAGACAUGGAGUGGAUAGUCUACUGUAUAAGACACUGUCCACUAGUGUCCCUCGCCGUACCAACGACUUCUAUAGGGGAUUCCCCCUCACUACAACACUGUCCGAGGCCACCACAACUCACACCUCAGACUCACUGCCCACGUACAGGGUGAUGGACGAGGGGGGCGUGGUCAUUGACCCUCAGCAGGACCCAAAGUUGAGUGAUGAGAUAUUGCUGCGCAUGUACGAGCAAAUGGUGACUCUGAGGGAGAUGGACGAGCAGCUGUACAAGGCUCAGAGAAUGGGUCUCACCUCCUUCUACAUGAUGUGCUCUGGGGAGGAGGGCACUCACUUUGGUAGUGCAGCUGCUCUGAGCCUAGAGGACCCAGUGUAUGCCCAGUACCGGGAGGCUGGAGUCCUCAUGUGGCGUGGAUACACACUAGACCAGUUCAUGAACCAAUGCUUCAGUAACAGACUGGAGGAGGGCAAAGGUCGCCAGAUGCCCGUCCAUUACGGCUCCAAAGAAUGCAACUUUCAGUUCAUCUCUUCUAGUCUGGCAACUCAGAUGCCUCACGCCCCUGGUUACGCGUAUGGCCUAAAGAGAGCCGGCAAGAAGAACUGUGUAAUGUGUUACUUUGGAGAUGGGUCAGCUCAGGAAGGUGACGCUCAUGCAGCCAUGAACUUUGCAGCCGUCAUCAAAGCACCAGUCAUAUUCUUCUGUCGUAACAAUGGCUACGCUAUCUCCACGCCGGUGGAUGAUAACUAUGCUGGUGAUGGGAUUGUGUCUCGUGCCCGAGGCUAUGGGAUGGAGGGCAUACGUGUCGACGGUAACGAUGUGUUGGCUGUGUACAAUGUGGUCCAGCAUGCUCGAAGAGUGGCAGUGGAGGAGAGCAGACCAGUCCUCAUAGAGGCCAUCACUCUCCGGAUGAAGUCUCACUCCACCAGUGAUGAGCAGGGGCGCUACCAGGACAUGGAGGAGGUACAGCAAUGGAAGGAGAAGAAUUGUCCUGUACAUCGCCUCGGAGGCUACCUCCAGACCAAGGGACUCUGGGAACAGAGCAAGGACGCUGCUCUGAAACAGAGUGCUGCUGGAGAGGUCAAGAGAGCCAUGAUGGCUGCUCGGAAGGAGAAGAAGCCACACCUCAAUCACAUGUUCACGGAUGUGUACGACGACCUUCCACCUCGGUUGCAGAAACAGCAAGCAGAGAUGAAGGAAAUGAUGGACAAGUAUAAGGAGCACUACGGACCUAUACUCAGUAAACACGAGAGCUGAGAGGAACAACACUGACAACAGUUAAUGAUUAACAAUGAAUUUGUUUGUAUUACAUAAUUUACUGUAUUGUCAACUGUGUAUUCCAAUGAAAUAUUCUUAUACAAAUAA